GAGUGCUGUAUACAGCGUUGCCACGUUUUACAAAAAAUGCCGGGCAAAAGAUCUUGGCGCAAACUGGUAAAGAAGUAUCAGAGGCAGCGUCGUAGGCAAAGGUGUGCGCAGGAACGCGACCAUGAACAAAUGCAAAGGGAACUUGAUCCCGCAUACCAGAUUUGGAUGCAACAGCAAGCAGAGUUGGAAGAAUUCCAGCGUUUGGCGGCGGAGCGUCAGCAACAGGAUAUGGAGGAAGCGUGGUUGCGACGCGAAGCGCUGGCACAACGCCAAUUUCGAGUAGAUCUGGCCAAACGCCGCCAGGAGGAGGCGGAAUUGGAACGUUUGCGUGAACAACAGUUCCAGGAGUUGGCCGCACGUGAGAAAGUACAGCGUGAACGUCGAGAGGAGAGGCAAAGAAUGGUUCAAGAAGCAGCAGCUGAAUUCGAGGCAAUGAUGCAGCGCAUGCACGAUUUUUUAGAGAAUGCAGAGCAAAGAAGUCCGCCGCCAGACUUACAGCGUGUGGCUGAAACGCGUCCUGAGGAGAAGCCGUGCGAGUUUUUUACACGCACCAAUUCUUGCCGUUUCGGGCUUCACUGUACUUUUAAUCACAAACGUCCCAUGUUGGCGCGAAUUCUGCUUAUCCGCCAUUUCUUCACCCAUCCCCUGCUGCAUUCAGAUGUACACAAGGAAUACGCUACUGCUGAUGCCGAUUUGGAACUAAACGAACGUGAUCUGCGUAACGACUACGAUGAAUUCUUUGCGGAUGUGGUGCCAGAAUUGGAGAAAUUUGGGAGAAUAUUAAAUUUCAGGGCUGUGCGCAACACAUUGGCUCAUCUGCGUGGCCAUGUGUUUGUGGAAUAUGAGCAGGAACGGUCGGCUUUACGUGCCUUUAUUAAUCUACAGGGGCGCUAUUAUGCCUCGAGGCGCCUUAAUGUGGAGUUCUCUAAUUUGAAGACCUGGCGCGGUGCUGUUUGCGGUUUGUCCUUAACACGCAAAUGUCCAAAAGGUUUCAGCUGUGCCUACCUGCAUUUGUUUCGCAAUCCUAGGAAUUUGUAUAAUUGCGAUCUGGAGCAGACGCCACGCAAUACCAGAAAGUAUAAUACGAUAAGCACGCCUGAAACUAAAACGCCCAGCUGGGAUGAUAAAACAGAUCGCUCGAGAAAUUGGCGUUGGUCUGAAAGCCCAGAGCCGGAAAUAUCUACCGACCUGUCUGCUCGAAAAGCGCACUCCAGGAGUAAAAGUCCAAGUAGAGAGAAAAAGCAAACUUCCAGAGACUUCUCCAAGAGAUACCGAAAUCAUACCAAUUGUAAUGAUAGUAGGAGAAGCAAGAGCCGGACGGUUUCACAGUCUUGACUUAUGGAAUAUCAAGGCAAAGCGAGUUACUUAAAAUACCUGAAAAUCAGAUCAAUAACGCCAAUUCAACAGUCUGUUUAGAUGUAAAUUUAUACCAAAUAAUAAAACGUUACGUUUUUUAAAUGGA